UAACCUAAUAAUUUAAUCCCAUUACUUGGUGCAACUGAAAAAAAGAAUACUUAAUUCAAGUACUGUUUAUAAUUUUCUUUGAGAGUAUCGUGAUGUUAACAAUGAAGCCUGAUUUUCCAAUGUGGAAAUGAUGGGGAAUUAUUCUAGAUCCUGUCAAUGCAAAAAAGGUGACAGUGAUCACACCGAAAGACCCAACCGAUGGGGUCGAGAGAAUUUCUGCAUCAGAGAUAGCAUGUUUGCCUUUUGGGGUUUCCUCUGAUUCUGGAAGUCUAUGAUUCUCCUGUAGAUUCUGGUUGCCAUUGCCCCAAGAAUUUCCUUUUGGGACUCUGAAGGAAACAGAGAGUUGAUCCAUGGAUGUGAGAAGGAAUAGCACACAUUUCAUCCUUUUGGGAUUUCCAGAACGUCUGGAGCUGCAAGUUCUGCUCUUUUUGUUGUGUCUGGGGAUCUACUUCACGACUCUGGCUGGGAGCCUGGGACUCAUCGUACUCAUCAGCGGAGAGUCACACCUCCAUUCUCCCAUGUAUUUCUUUCUUGGUAACUUGUCCUUUGUUGACAUAGCGUACACCACCUCUGUAGCCCCUAAGAUGCUCUGUGACUUCUUCCAGGCACAGAAGGUCAUCUCCUUGGCGGGCUGUGCAGUUCAGAUGUUUUUCUUCCUUGCGAUGGGAAGCACCGAGUGCUGCCUCCUGGCAGCCAUGGCCUAUGAUCGAUAUGCUGCCAUUUCCAGUCCGCUGCUCUACACAGUACUCAUGUCUCCCACUGUCUGUCUCAGGAUGGCCACGACAGCCUAUGCUGCAGGAGUCCUCACUGGUCUGGUGCAAACCAGCUCCAUAUUCCAGCUCCAUUUCUGUGAGCCACGAAUCAUUAAUCACUUCUUCUGUGACCUGCCACCCCUGCUGGGCUUGUCUUGCUCCAGUAUCUUCUUCAGCCAGUUGGUAAAUUUUCUAGUUGUGUGUGCAGUUGGUGGCACAUCAGCUCUCAUUGUUUUGGUUUCUUAUGGCUACAUCAUUGCUGCUGUUAUACAGAGCCAUUCAUCCCCAGGGCGGAUGAAGGCUUUCAACACCUGUGCCUCUCAUCUGACCACAGUGAUUCUCUUCUAUGGCUCUGGGCUCUUCUCAUACCUUCAUUCUACCGUUGGGUACUCACAGAACCAAGAUAAAGUGGCUUCCAUGUUCUAUAGUGCUGUGAUUCCCAUGCUGAAUCCCAUCAUCUAUAGUCUGAGAAACAAGGAGAUCAAAGAUGCAUUGAAAAAACUCAAGAAGAGGAAGAAGCAGACACUCUUUCUGUGGUGUACAGUUUCUUAAGUUGAGAAAAAGUUUUGCUGAUCCUAAAUAGGCAUAAGAAUAAGUGGCAUGAGACUCUGAGU